GCGGGGGUCGCGCCGGUACCGGGCGUGCGGCCGCGGUAAGUGCCGCGGACUGGCAAAGAAAAAUCCCGUGUCAGGAUCCUAUUGAGUAAGGUGCGUUGGCGUCCCAUGUGUUAGCUGAAUGAAUCCCUGCCAGGCUUGGUCAUGCGACAGCACUCCUGCUUCCCGAUAAAGUGAGUUAACCGACUGCUUGCCUAAGGAGCCACCAUAGGAACGCUGACCCUCCCUGCCUGGAGCUAAUCUGCGGCCUUGCUGAUCGAAGUGAACUCCCUGAUACUGAGUAUUUGGUGCCCUUUAGGCCUCUGAGGGUUUGUGACUGAUCAGUAGCUUUGAAAACUGGGCUCUAAGAUGCAUGUUGAUCUCUCUCUCUCUCAAAAGUGCACGUAUUUCUGUAUUAAUCUUACUUACCUAUCAUAAUGAUCCACUACUGUAUAUGUUAAUGCAGUCCAUUACAUGGCAAUGGGUAAUUUAGAAGGGAUCUGUCCAUUUUUAUUAUCUUUAAUGUCUAUAAUGGGUUUAUGCACUUGCUGUGCAUGUUUGCUGCUUGGUUCUAGUUUAAAUACUGUAUAUGCUUGUAUAUGCACGUGUCCUUUUUUGUACUUCCUUGGGGAAAAGUUCGGACUACGGGCCUCUUAACGUGUAGCUGCAGACGUCUUUAUUUUUUUUUAGCUGUAAAUUCCCUGCUGGGUUUAUAAAAUCAUCUGCCAGAAAACAGGCCUUGCAUCUGGCUAUCUGCUAUUGAAAUUCUAAUUGGAACCUCUGUGCAACCUGCAGCCCCAGCCUCCUAAAUGGAGUCUCCUGGUGCAGACUUAUCAGAGGCGAUGGAAAUAAUUUGCAAGCGAAAUUUCAAGCUUCAGUGAUGAAAAAUGCCUGUGCUGAAGGCCUGAUAAUGUGCUUAAAGGCUCUGGCUGCAUACCCUGGAUUACAGGGUAGGUGCUUGUUUAAAUGUAGUAGCUGACUUCUCAGGGUAUAUGACUGACUAAAUUUUUCAAGGGACAACGUUGCAGGGAUAUUAAAGAGCAGAGAUAUUUGUUUUAAGCAGUGCUUGCUGGAAACAUGCAAAACUUUGCCUGAAGAAACUGUGCAGAAUUGAUUUGAAUCGAGUUUCUUAUCUUGCUUUGUUUUUUUAAAGGCUUGGGUAAAACUUUUCUCUGUGAGGCUUUUAGUGCACGCUUCCACUGACAGCUGCCUGUGCUCUGAUGCAUAGCAUUAACCUAGCAUGUGUUCUGGGUAGCGUUAUCCAUGCUUGAACCAGUUUUAUAAAUCGAAAGCACCAUAAAGUAGGUCCAGCCGGAGUUUAUGCCAGCAUGCUGAAGUGAAAAACGAUGAGGAAGCAGGAGGAAUGAACUUGUUACUCAGCUGUGCACCCACAAACCAGAGGAGCGGGUGCGUUGUUUUUGCUGCUUCAUCCUGGUUGGCGUGUGUGCUCUAGGCGUGGAGUGGUGUUGUGCUGUUCAGAGCGGUUGCAUCAAUGGGUGGGUGUCUUGCACGUGUUUCUUUCCUGGUCCCAGUCUCCAUAUGGAGAUCUUUGACAUUGCCUGCGUGGGUGUGGGGAACAGCCAUGCUCAAAUCCUUCUGCUCUGACCUGUUUCUGGCUUGGAGGCCUGCUCUUGGAGCUGGACCCCACAUGUAAGCAUGUUCAGACACUGCUCGUGUCUGGUUUAAUUUAUCCUUCCCCUUUAAUUGGUACUUUACAUUUGAUACACGCUCCUAAUAGCAAGAACAAUUAUGCAAUAGGAAAGCUGAAGGAAAAAGCAGACAAUUCACCAAUGCUUGCGUGCAGAUCCUCAGCUGCAGUGAAUUGUUACAGCUGCCUUGCAGAGCAGUGGCAAUCCAUACCAGCUGACUGUUUGUCCUUUGAAGUGCUUAAAUCAAGAUCAGAUGCCUUUCUGAAAGAUGUUCAUGGUAUUAACACGUAGCUGGUGCAAAGUUCAUUUAUGUGGUAGGUGAGAUAGCUCCCCUCUGCAGGGGAGUUACUGGAUGAAAUUCUAUGGCUUAUGCUGCACAGGAAGCUGAACUGGGGGAUCUUUGUGGCUUUUAUUUUCUUUCCCUCCUACCCUUAAGAUCUGUGACUCUCUAAACCACAAAAAUGGAGUCAAGGGGAGGUAAUUCUGUUGGAGUAAUCUGACUCAGUACUGUGUGGGUAGUGUGUGGGGGCAAAUGUUGAUGUUCGUGUCUUCUAGCCAGGCUGCCAGGACUGAGCAGCCAGUGUGCUUUGUCUUCUGGUGCUGAGAUGGGACACUGACUCACCAGCUGAAGGACUGGGAGAGCAUUGUACUUCUGCUGGAUGCUUUCUGCUGCUGUGUGCUCAUAGCUUAGUGAGGUUGCUUCCCUUCCUGGCUUCCAGCCUGCCCUCAAGGUGUAACCCUUUGUCAUACCUGUACUGUCAAUGUUACCCAGUAAACUUGGAUCUCGAAUUACUCCCAAAGAGCUGUUGACCUCAUUGACUGGGAAGCCAAGAAGUCCUCUGAAAUAAACUGCUGUAUUCCUUGAGCCCGUUCUGGACUGCAUGCAGUCUGCAAGCAUUCAUUCCUUCUCUGUGAUUUCGACUCGGAAAAAUUCAUGGAGCUUGUGAAUCUGUUCCAGUAAAACGCUGCAUGCCCUUGACCUCUCGUUAGUACAUCUGCUUUGCUCCUGCUGAAGACAUCAAUGGCUGAAGUCCUGUGUACAGGUAUGUUGCAGUGGAUCUGAAGGUGAUACAAGAAAGCAUUCUACCGUGCAACAGGCUCCUGGAAAGGGAAGCCUCCCGGCAAGGCAACCCUGAAGAUGUGGACUGCCAUUGUAUUCUUCCUGCUGAUUUCCUUCUGUAUAUGUGAAAACAGAUUUCCUGUCCUGAAAGGAAGAGGAGUCCAUGUAGUGCAAAUAAACAGGCUGACAACUGAAAAGCAAUGCAGGCAGGCUUGUAAAGGCUCAGCUGCUUCAGGUAACCAUCACUGCAAUUGGUCAGUGCCCUACCAGAAUCGCUGCAUCCUCUUGCAGUGUCACCAGCUAAGUGUGUGCCAAAAUGCUGGAGAGCAAGAAAUCAAAGAUCUGCUUGGAGAAAUCAUCUUUGGGGAAAGGGAAACAGUCCAGUUUCACCACCAAAGCUAUCCACAGAAAAUGAAGAGGAUGGUGAACGCACAGAUUGAACAAUACAACAGAGAGAACCUAUUUUCCUCCACCACUCAGGCUCACAAGAUUUACUUGAGGCAGUUGGCUGUGAAUUCAGGUUAUCCUGAAGCACCAAACACAGGAAAAACUGCAAGCAGUGUUAGCACCACCACCACAACUGUCAGUGCUACCACAGUUGUAACGAUGGCUGGUACAAGUGCAACUGUCCCCAGUGCAGCUAAUGAAAAAACUGCCAAAGCCUCGAAUGCUUCAGGAGUGCUCCUUCCUGCUGCCAUGUCAUCCACUGUCCCUUCUCCCACUCCUACCAAUGACACUGCUUCCACUUCCAGGAGUAUCACCAAGCUCCUGACCACCGCUGAAAAAUUAGGAAAUGAUAGCUUUGGCUCAGUAUCAUCCCCCUCUUCUGCUCCCAUCACUGCCACUACUGGAGCAGGUACUCAAAUGAAUCACACUGAGCAGUUUAGCACAGCCACCAACACGACCAGCGCUCCCCACUCCAGUAGCCUCAUUACUGCUGGAGCUGGCCCGAAGACAAUGAGCACAACAUGGAGCACAACAUCAACCACGCUCACCCGACAGGAUGCAGUGACAUCUUCCACUGCUUUUAUUCGUGUUGCUACGUUCAGCUCCUCAGUGAGUCCACAUUCUGUGAAUUCAGCGCUCCCCAUGUUGCCAGAAACAAGUAGAGCUCCAACAUCCUCAAGUGAAUCAACCUCUUCUCAGGGUUCUACGAGAGGUGCCAUGGGUUUAACUAGUGGUCCUACAGCACAAGCUACAACUGGGCAUGGAAUAAAGUCAGUAUCUCUCACUCCUUCAAUCAAACAUACAACCACCACUCCAGCAAAUGCACCUGGAACAACAACUUUGAACAUUGCAAAGACUCGGGACACAAACAAUGAGUAUCUUCUCAUUGCUGCUGAGCCUCUGACUCAGUACUUAGUGGAUAAAAGUUCGCUUCUUGCAGUGCUUUUAUUUGGUACGUUUUUUUUCAUAACUGUCAUAGUCCUUUUCCUUAUGCAGGCUUAUGAAAGUUACAAAAAGAAGGAUUAUACGCAAGUGGAUUACCUGAUCAAUGGAAUGUAUGUGGACUCAGAGAUGUGAAAGGGUAGGGAUAAAGCAAUGGGCAGAAGAGAUGGAAGGGAGAUUAAAGGCCUACCUGGCUUGUUUUUCUUUCCCAUUUGCCUAUAACAGAAACUGAAAGUGCUUCCAAACUUAAUUCUGGUGCAAUUUAGGAGAAAUGCCAUGUACUGUAUUAAGAAAAAUAUAUAUUUUUUAUUCAACUGCAACAGGUUGCUGUAAAAAAUAGUCGUUUUUAAAACCUUUCCAUAACGUGCUAUAGCUUUGAUCAUUAUUUUUCAUUGUAAAUUACCUAUCAAGGGGUAAGCCAUCAUCGUCUGAAAAUGAUGUGGCACUUUUUCAACUGUUUACAUUACAAAUUCAUCAUGUUUCAUUGGUUUCAUGUGUGUUUCUUUCUGAAAACAAAACAGAGGAUGCUCUCACCUUUUACAAAAUACUCUGAAAUCACUUGAUGAGAAGUAUGAAGUAUUGCCACAAUGGGGAACUUUUAAUCUAAUGUGUUAUAUUUCGGUACGCUUCUAGCUUGUAAAAAGAGGUCUGUUUACAAGACAUUGUAAACACUGUUUACUGCUAAUCCAAGAUACCUUUUUCACUAGGGAGCAGAUUACCGUGCAUCUUCACUUACAUGAUCUUAUUUUUGUAUUCACUCAAUAAAUGGAGCCCUGAAAGGGCAUAUCUUGUUGCA